AUGGAGAAAAUGACUUUACUCACGACUAACAUGGAUAUUUAUCGGCAUCCACGACAUGUACCUGGGUAAGCAGUGAACAGACCCGCUCGCUGGUGAAGUGUCAACAUUGAAAUUUCACUGACAUAACAAACUAGGGUCAAAUUAAUUACCACGCGUACAAUAUCCUUACGCCAGCCGAAUUUCCAUCAGCCAGUCUGUUAAAAUGUUUCGAGUACUGAGCUUAAUUUCUUAGUUUUUAAAAAUUUCCUGCAAUCUGAGUCACGUUUUAGACUUUAAUAGCUCGAACAGCUUGUAUUAAAAGCAAUGUUUCGAUGUUUUGGAGGAAUCAAAUAGAAAUGCACUCGUUAUGGUUCUUUCACUGGUUCUUUCUUAUGAUUUCCUUUAUUUGAGGGAAAUUUCUUUUAGUUUCUUACUGUUUGGAUAGGGUAAACUGAGUUUUCUUGAAAACGAAUGUCAUUCAGGUUUGUGUAUCAAAUUUCGUCAAAGUAGAUACUGUACUGCACUGUCUAGGCGAGAUAAAAUCUUCUAUGAUUCAUUAGUCAUCGCGUGCGCUACGUCCACUUAAGAUCACAAAACGUGGCACAAAAAUCGUGCCGUGCGUGAAAUUUUCUGCUUUGUUAAGGAAGCGAGCGUGAGCGUGAAGCCGGCGCGUGAGUUAACUUGCAUGUACGUUACCUUAAAAUAUAGAUAUGGGGAGUUGUUUUGCGAAAAAUAAAACAGUUUCGAGUUCAUAAUUCUUCUAUUAUAGCUUAUAUCGGACGGCGUUCAGUGAAAGCUUCGAUGGCCUGGCAACACUAAUGACAAGACAGACCACUUUUUAAGGCUUUCAUUUUCACAGUUUCAUAUGAUGAAAUGGCUCAGGAAAGGCGAAAUGGGGUAGGGGAAGGGAGGGAGGGUCAGCAUUUGUCAGAAACUAUGAGAACAGGAAGUAAAGCUUUAGGGGUAGGAUAUAUACGAGUGUAUAUCAAAAUCCUUUGUAAUUUCCACCAUCUUUAGUUACCUUGGAUACACACCACGUAUCAAGUUUACUUAUGGAGAAACGUAUGGUAACACAACUGCCCGCUGGUUUCAAGACUACCGGGCCUCACAGCUCAACACAAGUAAAGAACGUAUGGGGAGGGGUGGAGAUAAGUUUCUACCCUUUCCAACGUACUACACAAAUAACCCAGAUCACGUGCUUGGCGCACGCACGAGCUCAAGAGAUCGUUGGCUUGCCGCACCGAAGUACAAGCUUUUGAACUUAGACGACAGAGAUACAGCCAUCAAAAAAUACGACAAGGUGGGCUCCCUGUUCAAACAUCUAAUCCCAGCUGUUCAAAAGUUGGAUAUAGCUAUCCACUACCAGCGGAUAGCGCAAUGAAGGUUUUCCUAUACUUAUCCCCAGGAUAAUGAUUUAUCCGGUGAAUAGCCCUAACCAACAUUUGAACCACCGGGGCUGUGAGGUUUUGAAGCAAUAAUUUUAGCAGUUAUGCUGUAGGAUUUGGCCCAUAGACUGAAAAAGUAUGAAUAUCUUCCAUUGAUAUGUCACCAUCACUUUUUCUGACAGUGAAUGUGUUGAAGGAGGUGUGGGGAGGGGUUGUGGGGGGAGGAGGAGAAUAGAAGGGAAUUGGGUUGGUCUUUCUUUUUCUCCUUCCUUUCCUUUCCAGGUCAGCCAUUCCUGGUAAUGGUACAUUAUUGACAUGGGUAGAUUUAGUAUAGGUGCCUUCUGCCGAGUUAUACCGGCUCUUUAAGGGUGAGCAAAAAGAGGUUUAUGUCAAAUCGAUCAAUCAAUCAACUGAAUCAAAUCUAAAAAAUGGUGUCGUACCGCUAGAGGAGUGAAGAUUGAAAGUUGAUAUUAUCCUGGCUGGUAAAGUAGCCACACGCCGUUAUAAAAUGGUUCAAAAGCCGGCUGACGUUUCGGGCGGUAGUCAGAGCAAAACGCACAAAAUCACGUCAGUUAUGAUAAAAACCAUUUUGAUGAAAAAGAUCGAUGACUUUUUUUUAUUGAAACCCGUAUUCUCGCGUUUUAAUUUUCGCGGCCCGCAAGAAUGUAGGGAUAACAGAGGCAGAAGUUUCAAUAAGGUAUACAAAAAAAAAAACAGGUCAAACUUUGCUCCAGGCCUGACGUUCAGAAAUGGCGUUUAAGUGAAGGUAGGAACGCAAAAUUUUCCUUACAGUUUAUUUUGUAAUGCCAUGGACAGUGUUUGAAUGGAAAUACCUAAAUGAUAAUAAAAAAACCACACACAUUGGAGGAUCUGUGUGUACAGGGCGUUUCCAAACCAGGUACUGUAGAUACUGAUUUAUUCUUAUUACAGGCUGCUCAACAGCAUCGUGAACAUUACCGAGACAAAACAGAAACAGUUCCACCAGUGAGGAUAUUUAUUUUACCAAAAAUAUUUCAUAACACCAAAUGCCACAGAAUUCCAGUGUAAGUAUCCGUUUGCCGUAAACGCGAUCUUUAUUGUAGCGAUCACAGACCCCCGGUGAAAAAACCGCACAUAACCACACUCUCCUGACUCGCUCUGAUGAAGGUUUAGCGCUUGAAACUUCAUUUUCUCUAUCGACCUCGUCCCUAGGGGUCUUCCCUUAAAAAAACAAGGCAGGGCAAAAGGGAAAAGCGCUAAGGACGAAGUUGAAUCUCAUAUCUCCAUAUAUACACCAAGACCAAUCUACCCUAUUGACUUAAUAAGAAAAACCUUGUAUUUCACCACCUCCCCCAACCACCUAACGCUACGGUGUCUUUCGAUACAAACCCCUUCAGGGGUUUUAAGGCGCCCCCAGGUGUGCACAGGUUUGACAGGUAGGGUUUUUGGGCGCGAAGGCGUAGUGCGAGACAUGCACCCAAUAACCCGCUUGAGCGCUUUCAAUAACGCCUGUUGCCCUUCUACGUCAUGAUCGUGUUCCAGAUCAUAUCAAAAUCAGGGACAGGAAUAAAAAUUAUUUCUUAAAACUGCAGCCUUUUGUCAUCAAACUAUUCGCAAAUCUGGCUCAAGGCCUUAGGAAUUUUUCAAGAGGGAAAAUAACAGAUUUGAUGUUGUAAAUCCUCUUUCAGGGAGGCUAAAACAGCAAACGAAGAAAAAGCUAUCGCUUACGCAAACAAAGUUUACAGAACCAUGAAGGCAGAACCGCUAGCGAAGUCAUCGGUGGAAACACGCCGAAUACGAGACGUGUUCUUCGAGAGGAGAUAG